GUGGUCGGCCCCGCCCCGCCCCGUCGUCGCGGCUCUCCCGCACCCCUCCGGCGGCUCCCGCAGCCAUGGGCGCUACCUGGCGCAGCCCGGGCUGGGCCCGCCUGGCGCUCUGCCUCGCGGGCUUCGCGCUCUCGCUCUACGCGCUGCACGUGAAGGCGGCGCGCGCCCGGGACCAGGACUACCGCGCGCUCUGCGACGUGGGCACCGCCAUCAGUUGUUCACGCGUCUUCUCCUCUAGGUGGGGGAAGGGCUUCGGGCUGGUGGAGCACGUGCUGGGCCAGGACAGCGUCCUCAACCAAUCCAACAGCAUAUUUGGCUGCAUCUUCUACACUCUGCAGCUGGUGUUAGGUUGCCUACGGGGCCGCUGGGCAUCUAUCCUGCUGGUGCUGAGUUCCCUGUUAUCUCUCGCUGGUUCUCUCUAUUUGGCCUGGAUCCUGUUCUUUGUCCUCUAUGAUUUUUGCAUCGUUUGCAUAACCACCUAUGCCAUCAAUGGGGGUCUGAUGAUGCUCAGCUUCCGGGAGUUCCAGGGCGCCCCGAGCAAGGCCAAGAGACACUGAGCACUCACAUUCCAGCCAGGCUGACCAAAUUUGCUCUGCUUUGUCUGUGAGCCUUGCGAAAGGGGGUCCCAUGUGGCCCCUUAGACACUGUAGGCCCACGUAGAACAAUGGACCAAAUGUGCUAUUCUCCUUACUGCACCUCAGUGCCUCUGUCUUUGUCCUCAAAGGCUGGUUCCCAAGUUCCUGCCAUUGCCCAAGGAGGGAAGCGAUAAAAAAGCAUUCUACGCGAUAAAAUUACUUAAAUAAAUGUGCCAAGUCUCCGUCAUCUGUCUGUCAGGCACCCCAGCGCUGGGCUUCCCCCAGCCUCACCCCUUUGAGUGCUGGAAGAAUGAGUCAGAGGAGAGCGAGGGCCUGUCUGGGAAGGUGGUUAAUUCCUUUUCCAGUGUGUGCACUCAGCAGGACUUGGGGCCACAUCAGCACCCACCCCCAGGAAACAGGCUGGCAGCUGGUCCUUCCAGCUCAUGAAGUCAGGCCACCUCUCCGGGAAGGGCCGCACACACUCUUCCAAGGGCUGAAAAGUCCUUCCUGUGGUCUGACCUUUGCUGGGAGUACACCUG